AUGAACGGUAAUGAUGAUGCGGGUGCUGCUUUACAAUUACUAUCCGGUACUAAGUGUAGGUAUAAAUGGUUGGAUAGUUAUAUUCCAGGCACAGCACCUGCUGUUAUUACAAAGAAACUUAUUCUUGAUCAGUUCGUAUUAUCGCCUUAUUUAAUUAUGUUGUUUUUUACGGGUAUGUCAAUAAUGGAGAACUCGGAAAAUAUAUUUUUGGAUGUGCAGACGAAGUUUAUUUCCACAUUUUAUAAGUCUUGUAUGUUUUGGUUGCCAGCACAAUCCAUUAAUUUUAUGUUCAUUAUGCCAAAAUACAGAGUACUAUAUAUGGGAAUUUGCGGAUUUUUGUGGGUUAAUAUUUUAUGUUGGGCUAAACGGCAAAAAUAAGUUGGACUGAGAAUAUGUUAUAUGUUAAACUAAUAAGUUAAAACUUUUAUAUAUUAUCAAAUUAAAAUAAUAUUUAUAUGUACAAAAAUGUAGCAAAACAUCACUGUUUCUGCAUUUUUUUAUCAUAACAAAACUAGUGUAGUCCUUAAAGUCACAAUAAACAUAUGCGGUACUUCUGUAUUACCAC